AUGGAUUGCAACCCCGACUACAAAGAUGCCGUUUGGGCGUUUUACCGAUUCGAGCCUUCAGUAGAGGCCAAUAUCGUUUUUGUUGUUCUUUUCUCCGUGUCGACGCUUCUACACAUCUUUCAGAUUUUCAGGACGAGAACAUGGUAUUUGACAGCGUUGGUGGCGGGCGGAUGCGGUAUACUGACAUGCAUCACAGCUGAGAUUAUCGGAUACAUCGGUCGAGUUUUAAACGCCAAGGAAGAUCCAGGAUGUUGGACAAUGGGGCCAUACAUUAUGCAAAACGUCUUGAUCUUGAUUGCGCCUGCACUCAUGGCUGCAUCCAUCUACAUGAUUUUAGGCAGAAUCAUUCUCUUGACAGAGGGUGAACACCAUGCGUUGAUUCGAAGACGUUGGUUGACCAAGAUUUUUGUGUUUGGCGAUGUUGCUUCUCUACUGCUUCAAUCAUCAGGUGGUGGUUUAAUGGCAGUCAAUGAAGAUUUACAAAAGAUUGGUCAAAAUGUCAUCAUUGGAGGUCUUUUUAUUCAACUCUUAUUUUUCGGCUGCUUCAUCGUAACAGCCGGCAUCUUUCACCGACGAAUGCGUCUCGCCCCGACACCAAAAUCCCUCGAGCCAACGAUCCGAUGGCAAACAUACCUGAUUACUCUCUACGUAACGGGAGUCCUAAUCUGGAUUCGAAGCUUAUUCCGUGUUAUCGAGUUUAUUGAAGGAAACGAUGGACAUUUGAUGAGAAGUGAGGUAUGGGUUUUUGUGUUUGAUGGAUUGUUAAUGUUGAUUGUCUUGGUUUGGAUGAAUUGGUUUCAUCCGGGUGAGAUUGGGUUGUUGCUUAGAGGGGAUGCACCGAUUAGGAAUGGGUUGGAGUUGGUUAAAGUUGGGGGGAGGAAGAAGAGGGCUGGUACUAUGGAGAGUUUGGAGAGUGAUCAGAAUGUUUGA